AUGGCGGACGGAGGCUGGGGCGUUCGACGCCGACUGGCCAUCUGGGAGAGCCGAGCGGACUCGUUCCGCGAUAAAUCAAGCGCGGAUGCUGUACGAACAUCCACAUCAGGUUCGGGAACUCCCGGAGCUCCCAGCGGCGCGCCUGCGCAGUACGGCGCGUCGACAGCCGUUGGAUCAACGGCGACGGCGAACGGAGGGCGGAGAUGGGAACAGUGGGAUCAGACGUACGACAACGUGCAUUUUUCCACUCCGCGGGAUGGCCAGUUCGGUGGUCCCGGCGCGUCGUCUAGCUAUGUGCCUGAAGACCCUCGCUACACGCCUACUGCCAACCCGCCUGGUUACCCCGUGGAGUGGAAGCCGAAGGAGGUGUUCUUCAAGUUCCGCCAGCGCUUCAUGCAGUACAAGCUCGGGGCGAACGUUGAGCUCAGGCGCAGGCUGGAUCCCCCACAGCACUCCGCCCUCUCCCUCUCCCCGAAAGCAACUCCUGCGCCCAAGCACAACCCACUCUCUCUCUGGGGGUUUCAGGUGAACAGCGCAAACCUGAAGCUAGUCUUAAAGCCCAACAUCACGGACCGCAAGUGGAAGGUCAUAUUUGAGCCGCAGCGGGGAGAUAUCCGCUUCCUCACCCGCAAGAUUCCCAUCAUGGGGCUGCUCAACCUACAGGUGGGCAUAGGGCACGACUUUAAGCACAAUGCGACGGGGUGGAAGUGGAAACUCACCUCCGCGCUGAAUGGGAACACGCCCUCGGAGAUUCGUUACAAGCACAACCUACCCGUGUGUCCGGGUGUGGACGUGCGUGUGGGGUGGAAUGCCGAAUACGUGCUGCCAGACAUGCACGGAGCUUUGGGAACAGGGGAGCCCAUUCUGGGGCUGAAUGUGGGACGGCUGUAUGCGUCAGUGGAGAGACUAGAAGCCAUCUUCACCUCCAUUGACUGA